AAGGGAGCGUGAGGAGGACAGGGAACGGGCACUUCUCUCAUUCUAUAAACAGCAACAGGAAUGGGCAUGUCCACUUCAUUGUACCCUUGAUGUUUUAUAGGUGAUGCUGCUGUUGGACAGGGAGUGAUGCGGUACUUUCUGACAACAAUAAUAUCCAAACUCCAGUUUGGAUUCAGAAUGAAUCUUGGAGGAGUGGGCCAAACUCUGCUAUUUGAAGGUGAGCCUGACCAUCUCGUUCCAGCUGCAUCAGAGGUGCUUAUUGAGAGCAACCUCUUCCGGGUUGCAGGAAGGAUGAUAGCCCACUCCUUUUUGCAUGAUGGCCCCCAUGUCACCGGAUUAAGUCCUGCUGUUAUUCAUGUACUGUUCAAUGGGGACCCUGAAAUGGCAACAAUUGUUGUCGAGGACUGUCCUGAUCUGCACAUCAGGAGUAUUAUAACAAUGCUUGAACUUGAAGAACUUACUCAGGAACAGAAGGACACAGUGUCAGAUCUUUCCCUGUCUUGGGAUCUCCCAGCAGUCACUAAAACGAAUCAGAGGUGGCUACAUAACAAACUUCUAGUACACGCGGUCAUCGGGAGGACCAUGCGCCAAAUUAAACAGUUGAGAAAGGGAUUGAAAGAUGUGAUGCUAUGGCCCCUGCUGACAUCAAGGCCAGAUGUUGUCCCACUUCUUUUUCUGAAAAUGGCAGGAAUGCAGUUUGUACCCCAGAUGUUCCUAGACAAAAUCACAUGGCCUGUGGAGGACAGUGAUGAUGAAGAACUUGACAUUGAGUGCAAGUGCCGCAUCACUGGUUUUCUACGGAUGUUCAUUGAAACAGCUUCAUCAGAUACUCUGGCUCAGUUGCUGAAGUUCUGGGUCGGCUGGGAAAUGCUCCCUCCAGAACUCAAAGUGGAGUUUUCCGGGGGAACCUUCCCAUCAUCCUCCACAUGCUUUGAAACACUGAAGCUGCCAGCUCAUUACAACACCUACAAAGACUUUGAGGAAGCACUUGUUGCUGCCAUAGACAGUGCACACACUGGAUUUGCUCUUGUUUAAGUAUUUUCAGGCAAUGAUGUUGCUGUGCUUUUAUUCAGUAGAAAAAGGUCAAUUUGAGUGAAGUGAGUUCAGUGUUUUUCUAACAUUUCAAAUACAGUGCAGUAUUUUCUUUCCCUGAAAAUGACACUGCUUUGUUGUUGCUCUUCUGUCAACUGUUUGAUACUUCAGUGUGCAUCACCUUGCUGUCCUUGCCUGUUGUCAUUGGCUACAUGAGGUUGUUGAAAUAUCUCUUGAUGCUAGAAAAAUUGGUUUUAUUUGCAUUAAAACAGCAUAUUAUUAUUUCAGAUUUUUAUUGACAAAUCAAGUUAACUAAUUCAUGAGUGACAUUUGCACAAUAAAUAAAAUAAAAGGCCUGCUUAA